GAAAGCGGAAGCGGCGCGCAGCACGUGGGGGCGGUGCCGGCGGAAGGGUAGAUUCCUCUGGAUCGUGUGGUGCUGCUGACGGCUGGAGCCGGUUACGGAGUUUGGAAACGAUCUGACGUCCAUGGAGGCAUCAGCGGAGCAGCCAAGUCCGCAGCCCCCGCAACCCGGGGAACACUGCAUCCGUGACGGCGACUUCGUGGUGCUGAAGCGGGAAGAUGUGUUCAAAGCAGUGCAAGUCCAGCGGAGAAAGAAAGUAACUUUCGAAAAACAGUGGUUCUACCUGGAUAAUGCCAUUGGCCAUAGUUAUGGGUCAACAUUUGAAGUGGGCAAUGGAGGAUGCCUUCAGCUCAAGAAGAAGAAGGAAGAGCCUACUUCAGAGACUAAAGAAGCGGGCACUGAUAAUCGAAAUAUAGUUGAUGACGGAAAGUCCCAGAAACUUACUCAAGAUGAUAUAAAGGCUCUGAAAGACAAGGGCAUUAAAGGAGAGGAAAUAGUUCAGCAGCUAAUUGAAAAUAGUACAACAUUCCGCGACAAGACAGAAUUUGCCCAAGAUAAAUAUAUUAAAAAGAAGAAGAAAAAAUAUGAAGCCAUCGUUACUAUUUUGAAGCCAUCUACCCGUAUUCUUUCAAUUAUGUAUUAUGCAAGAGAACCUGGAAAAAUUAACCACAUGAGAUAUGAUACACUAGCCCAGAUGCUGACAUUGGGGAAUAUCCGUGCUGGCAAUAAAAUGAUUGUCAUGGAAACGUGUUCUGGCUUGGUGCUGGGUGCCAUGAUGGAGCGAAUGGGAGGUUUUGGCUCCAUUAUUCAGCUGUACCCUGGAGAUGGACCUGUUCGGGCAGCAACAGCUUGUUUUGGGUUUCCCAAAUCUUUCCUCAGUGGUCUUCAUGAAUUCCCCCUCAACAAAAUAAACAGUCUUCUAAAUGGAACAUUUUCUGCUGAGAUGUUGUCCUCGGAGCCUAAAGACAGCACUCCGGUUGAACAGAGUAACGGUGAACAUGAGGAAAAGCAGAUCUCUGAACAGGCCGAUGAGGACAGCAUAGCAGAAGCCCCAGAAAGUAACCUAGAAGAACAGAGAACAAUGGAAAUUGUCCCUCAGGACCCAGAGAAUAAGGAGCCUAAAGAAAAAGGAAAUAAAAGAGAUUAUAUUCAGGAAAAGCAAAGAAGACAGGAAGAGCAGAGGAAAAGACACUUAGAGGCUGCGGCUCUGCUGGGAGAAAGAAAUGCAGAUGGUUUGAUUGUGGCCAGUCGUUUCCACCCUACUCCACUGCUGCUGUCUUUGCUAGACUUUGUGGCCCCAUCAAGACCGUUUGUGGUCUACUGUCAGUAUAAAGAGCCUUUGUUGGAAUGCUAUACAAAACUUCGGGAGAGAGGAGGUGUCAUCAACUUGAGACUGUCUGAAACCUGGCUCAGAAAUUACCAGGUUUUGCCAGACCGGAGUCAUCCGAAGCUGCUGAUGAGCGGAGGAGGAGGAUACCUUCUGUCGGGCCUAACUGUUGUCUCGGACAGCCUUCGAGCGGACCCCAGCCUCAAGUCUUGUGCAAGCACUUUAGACUCACACGCGGCUGAGGAGCCAGCCACUAAAAAACAGAAAUGCGUGGGAUCUGGCUCUUAGAGAUUGCUGUUUGUUCCAAGGCAUUCUGCAGCUGGCAAUUACACUUUAAAUGACAUCACUAAAUGUGUUUUCCUAUCCUCAGAAUGUGUGUACACCUACCUGUUCCUGGGGUUAGUCAGCACUACAGCUCCGACAUGUGGUAAUGGGUGGGUACAGCAGUCCUGUUUCUAUAACAGACUUUGAGUACUUAAAACUAAUGUCAACAUCCUGGAAAUGUUGAUAUGUAAGACUUUGUUUAUAUUUUAAGCAAAGAUGAAUAACACAAGCUAGCUAACAUGAUGAACAGAGAAAGGAAGUUCCCUCUCAUCCAUUCUCCUCUACCUAAGCAAUAUGGAUGUGUGCGCCUAUGAGAUUUACAGUACCAAAAAAAUGUGCCCUGCAAUGGAAUAAGCUUUUUUAAAUACUAGAUUUUAUUAUUUUAAUAGUUGACAUCCUGAGGAAGAUCCAGGCAUUUCUUUUACUGCCUCUCCCCUUUUCGGUGCAUAGAAAGGUUUAGUAGGUGCUUUUUGCAGUGGUUCGUGCAUCUUCUUUGUUCUAAAAAAGUGAUUAGAACUUCUGUGAACUUCUAAACAAUUGAUUUUUCCCUCUCUAGAAAUGUGUGCCAGUGUUGGUACGUCUGUAUGUAUCAACACAGACAGAAUGUACUACCUGUAGGGGAGAGAGAAUGAAUGCAGUUUAUUUGAACUGUGGUAAAGACUUGUACAAGUCACACCAGCUCUCAGUGCGUUGGUAUCAUUCCUUGUCAAGUGUGUUUUAAGUGCCUUUUCCUGGGAUUACUCACACUGGUCUCUGAAGGUCUGUCUGCUGGAGUGAGGUGGGUGGCCUUUAUCAGCUCUGAAAAAGUCUAAAUCAAAUUACCAUUUCCAUUGUAAGAAAUAAAAAUGUCUAGAGUAACUCAAGACUCCUGCUCACUAGAACAUGCUCGUCGUGUAUAGUGCGUGCGUCAUAGACGCCUACCCAGCAAGGAGCAUCUUGGAUGAAAAGGAUUGUUUUAGUAGCAUGUGCUGUUCUAAUAAUGGCUGCUCUGAUUGCCAACUGUGGUUUUUAUUCCUUUUCCUCUAAAUAAUUGCUUUUAAAGAAUAAAAGUUUCCUACUCUGA